CUUAAAUAGUUUUUUAAACUGUAAAGACGUGCGCCUUAAUCAAAUCUUUCGUUCGUUUUCGACAUCGUUGUAACGGGUUUCGUUUUUAUUAAAUAUUUCUAAAAUUUUUUCGCCAAACAAGUUUACGACCUAAAAAAUAAAAAUAAAUUAAUAAAUUUUGCCUUUGAAGAAAGGUACUAACUAUACCUACUAAGUUAAACAAACUUAAACAUGGAAUCAUGAAAUUUUUCUAUAUCUCCCUAAGCUUAUUAAUAGCUUUAAGUUACAUGCCAUGUGCAAAUACGCAUAUGAAAGUAAAGGUAAAGCCCUCUUAUGGUUUUCAACCAGUUCCUAGACAGAAUAAUGCAGAAACACCCUAUCAAUGGAAUGUUUUGGACUAUAGCUUUCCCAGUAAUCAGGCCAAACAAGAAGCUGAGACUAAUGGCAAUCUUAUACCCAGUAACGCUAUACCCAUAGAUGUACAACCUCAUUAUUAUAAUAAAAAUCUUUUGAGAACCUUUCUUACCAUUCCUAAAUUCCAAGAUGGCGUUCCCUACACAUUAGCCACAGUUUCGGAUAAGAAGGGACCUAAUGGUCCUUUAUUGGAGCCAUAUCCUAAUUAUGAAUUUCAUAAUAAUAAAAAUGGACAGAAUUGUGAUGCCAUAACAUCCGCUUUUCGUGUGGCGGUCACCGAAUGCAAUCAAAUGUGGGUAAUUGAUUCGGGUAUGGUUGGUGCCGAUGUUCAAUGUACCCCACAGUUACUAUUAUUCGAUUUGAAUACCGAUCAGCUAAUACAUCGUUAUCGUUUCAACUCUAGUCUCUAUAUAUCGGGAGCCUCAUUGUUUGUUACCCCCAUUGUGGAUGUAAAAGAUCCUCCUCCAAGAGGUAGCUGCAGACGUGCCAUGGUCUAUGUAGCCGAUGUCAAUUAUCAUGGUUUAGUAGUCUAUGAUUAUAUGCAAAAUAAUGCCUGGCGUAUUGAGAAUAUGUUCAUGUAUCCCGAUCCAAAUUAUGGUUUCCAUACGGUCGCUGGUGAAAGUUUUGUUUUAAUGGAUGGUAUUAUUGGUAUGGCAGCCGAUAAACAAAAUUUAUAUUUCCAUCCCAUGGCUAGUGUAACAGAGUACGCGGUGCCGCUAAGAAUUUUGGAUAAUGGUACUCUAUUUGAACAUGAUAUGGAAAAUAUGCAUGAGACAUUCAGGCCUUUGGGUAAACGCAGUAGUGAAUGCGUUGCCUCGGCUAUGGAUAGCAAUAGCAAUAUGUAUUGUGUCACCUUUAAUCCUAUCGAGUUGAUAGUGUGGAAUGUUAAUACUCCCUAUGAUAGUAUUAAUAUAAAAAAGUUACCCAUUAGUUCGGAAGAAUUGCAAUUUGUUAGUGGCAUGAAAGUGGUGAGAAAUCAUCAGGGUAAUGAAGAAUUAUGGAUGUUGUCUAACAGAUUCCAGAAAAUGGCUGCUGGCACCCAAAAUUUCAAUGAAGUUAAUUUCCGUAUUGUGGUACUAUCUUUGGUGGUUGUUAACCCCCUUACACCCAAUCAGGAUUUACACAAUAAGCUCGUUUUCAAAAGUUGAGCUUUAUUUAUAAUUUUAUAAGUUUAUUGUAAACCUAGUAUAAAUUUUAAAUUUCAACAAUUAUAUUUUAAUUAAACUGCAUCUGAAUGCUAUUAGUAGUACUUUCUCAUAUUUAUUGUAGUGACUUAGAAAAAUAAUUAAAUAAAUAAAUAUUUAAAUUGUAAAA